GCUUGGAGCGUCCACAACGUUAAGCAAAAACUUCCACAAACAAUCGUGAUUUCAAAAGGCAAAUUACUGUUUUAAACGAUAUGCGUAGCGAUUUUAGAAAUAUAUCAUACCAAGAGAACCCCCAAACGGAUUGAGAAGUAUCUACAUGUGUAGGGCUGUUGAAGCGCACCGGAAAGACGCUCUGCUACCACGUUUUCUGAGGAAAAUGUGCAGUUCAUAAAAAGAAACGCAAACAUGCGGUCCAGCUUUUGAGUGUGCGAUCAAAAGCGCUACGGCUGCGUCCUUAUCUUGAAAGUAUUUGAACUUUUAGGAAGAAGCAGCGAUCACCGCUUGUCAUGUGACGAGGAACAACCAAUGACAGCCGGCACAUAUCCUUGCUUCCGUAAACAUCAAUCUUUGGCAAUACGUUACCCAUAGCUUCCACUUUAUACAAGAUGUGGGCGCCACAAUUCAGAUGUUUUUUCUGGAAAAGAGAAGCAAAUCGUUGUCCUGGCAGGCAGGCAGACACACACACACACACACACACACACACACACACACACACACACACACACACACACACACACACACACACAAAUCACCACAAAGACAGACGGGUGGUGGGUAACAAUCAAGGAAUUUGCUUUUAUAUCGAUAGUGUUAAAAAAAAAAAAGAAGUUUUAAUCAUUGUAUUAAAUUAUGUAUCGGUGUCCUGUGAACUAGCUUCACCAUUUUAGCCAUUGGGCAGGCUGCUCCUGAUCCCCGCCCCUCUCUGACGUAUCCUGAUCCACCUGUCAGUCGGCACAGAGCCGCACGGUGCAGGUGGGGAAGUGAGAGGGAUGCUCUGAGAUGACCGGACAGGACGAUGUUGACAUACCCGAAAAAGGAGCCAUCUUUACAUUUGGAAAGAGCAGUUUUGCUGACAACGUGCCUAGUACAUUCUGGUUGAAGAAGGACCUGCCUGUGCACAUAUCCUGUGGCUGGGAGCACACUGCUGUAACCACAGAAAAUGGCAGGCUGCUCAUGUUUGGUGGUAAUACUUGGGGCCAACUGGGGAUUGGAUUUAAGCCUGCUACAGGCAAACCUGCCACUGUGAAAGCCUUAAAGUCUGAGAAGGUGAAGCUUGUUGCUUGUGGGAGGGAUCACACAAUCGUCUCCACAUGGCAGGGAAGUGUGUACAGUGCUGGCAGAAACCAAGAGGGGCAGCUCGGUUUGGGCCACUGCGACAACACUUCAUCCUUUCUCCUACUGCAGCCCUUCUGUUGCUACGCACCAAUCACACAGCUUUCUGCAGGAUGCAAUACCUCAGCUGCCUUAACAGAGGACGGGAGGCUGUUCAUGUGGGGAGACAAUUCGCAGGGUCAGAUUGGUCUGGGGGACGAGGGUUUUUCGGCAGAACCAAGAGAGGUGGGUGUCGGUGAGGCGGUGAUCUGGGUCUCCUGUGGGUACCACCACUCAGCAUUUGUCACAGCGGAAGGAGAUCUCUUCACAUUUGGUGAGAGCGCAAAUGGAAGGCUUGGUCUCCAGGGGGAGCAGCUGGCCAAUCACAGAGUCCCUCAGAGGGUGCAAGGGAUUCUGGGUAAUGUCACUCAGGUUUCUUGUGGAGGCGAGCACACCGUGGCACUCACAGAGGAAAACGUAUACACGUUUGGCCGAGGUCAGUAUGGUCAGCUGGGCCACGGGACAUUUCUGUUUGAAGUUGAUUUGCCAAAACCACUGGAGCAAUUUUCUAACAGCAGCAUCAAAAAUGUCGCCUGUGGAGAAAGCCACACUGCUGUGAUCACAAACAGCGGGCUUCUCUACACGUUUGGUAAUUGUCGGCAUGGGAAACUGGGAUUAGGGGAGGAGAACUUAAUCAACCACUUCAGCCCGGCCCUCUGCACACGUUUCCUAAAGAACAAAGUUCUAUUAGUGUCCUGCGGUGGAAACCACAUGCUGGUAAUUGCUGCACCCAGACCACCAGAGAGUCAAGUGUUGCCAGAGGAGAAUGUGAAAAUCACAGAUACCUUUUUGGAGCUAAAUUACCGAGAAACCCUGCUGCUCGACACUUUGAUCGAUCCUAAUUUAAUCGUCCCACUCUCAGCAAUCUCUGCUCGAGCCCGCCACAGACAAAAAGGAAUCUCUGAGGAGAUGUUUCACAACCUCCCACGUCUAAAUUCUGGUUUCCUCAACACCUCCUGGCAAACAUCCAGAAAUAUUCCAACUCCCAAAACGCUCUCAAAGGACUUUACUACCCCUACAUCAUCCCCUAAACCACAAUCAGAAGUGACAAUAAGCCCCCCACUCUCCCCUAGAUCUCCAGUGAUCUCAUCUAAACCAUCCAGCCCACAUUCUCAGUCAUCAAACACCUCUCAGAAUAAAUCCUCUGCUUCCUCGAGUUCUACAUCCAAAGAGUUGCCUUCUCCUAUACUAUCACCAGAGUAUUUAAAUAAACAUAACACAUCAAUAUCUCCUAACAGUACACCAGAAAAAGGUCUUUAUAAAGAGGCAACCACUAAAAAAGCCUUAAUUGAAGAAUCUCCUUUAGCACCUAAUGAGCCCUGCAGCCCCACCAGACCGUCCAGUGAUGUUUCCAAUCAACCUCUCAGUGAGGAAGAAGAGCAUCCUGCCUCGCAAUCAACAGAGGGAGAAACUAUGCAGAGGCAAAUGACCAUAGAAGAUGUGGAGGAGAAUCUGUCCGAGAAAAGAUCUCACUCUGACUUUUUGCCAAAAAGGGACUUGAAGAUCGGCAGGCCUCUUAUAGGAACUAUGGAAGAGGCAGAGUUGUUUGCCAAACAGUUCAAUGUGGAGGAAGAACACCAUUUUCCUGAGGCUUCAGCCACAGAGCUCCUGAAGGGCUCUUUAAACAAAGAAGUGACUCCGACGAAGAGUUUAAAAAACACUCCCAAAAAAGUUGUAUCUAAAGGCAAAGAGAACAUCACCAAGCAGUCCAUUAAAAUUAAAAGUCAUGAAGCUCAAAAUCAAUCUUCCCAUUUUAAAUCAAAAUUAGCAGCACCCAGGAGUCCAAAAAUUCCACUAUCUGCCCAAAAGACAUUGACUGAAGCACCCCAGAGACUGACUAAAAGGAAGGCAAAUGACGGAAAAAAUAGGAAUGGGAAAGAAAGUAUAACAAACAAAGAGGAUAUAAAAGAAGAUGUGGUUAAUUUAACAGAGGGAAAGGACAUCACUAGCAUUUCUAUCCAAAGUGAAAGUUUGUUGUCCCUAAAAAAACAUGAAGAAAUCCAGAGAGAAACAACUGAAGUGAAACCUUUUGAAGAAGAGAUGCAACAGGAAACAAGGCGAGUCAAAACGACUCCAUCAAAAGAUUUGGUCAAGGUUAAAUCUGUCCUUGGAAAAGGUCAAAACAAAGGACUUGGUUUAAAAUCACUUCCAGGGAAAAUUCAAAGUAAAAGUGCAAGAAGUAGUCCCGUUAAAAGCAAAGGAAAGGUAGUGAAAGAUGAGUUGAACACAGGUAAAAAAAUGAAUAGUACAUCUGCAGGUAGGCAGAAGAUACCUGAAGGUGACAGCGCUAAGGUAAAAGACAAAAAGAUAGCAAAAGAAUCUCAAAUAAAGACAAAACCAGGAGGAGAUGACAUCAGAGUGAGAGGUGCUGACUCUGAAGGUAAUAAGAAGGCAAAGCCCAGUAGUAAGCAGAUUGAAUCAUCCAGCCCGCUGUUAUCACAGCAGGACUCAGCUACUGAAGUGCUAUGUAACCCUAUUUCCCCACAAAGCACUCAGAGAACAGAGGUGGUUUCCGUAUCUGGAGCCAAAUCCCGGCAUGGCCCUGAACCUGCUGAUGGGGAUCUGCUUGUUUCUGGAACACACAGAGAGGUCACUCAGAGCCCCACUGAAGAAAAGCCAAAGUGGGGGGAGAUCAUUAGUACCGCAGCUUCUCUUCUUCCUGCUGUUGGAAUAGCAGGUGCAGCUAUGGGGGUCCUUAGUGAGGCAGGGACAAGAGUACAGGGUUUCCAGUCUAACUCUACACCACCCAAAUCACCCAGCCGAGCCAAGCAAUUCACAAAGCAGAGUGCCGUUAUGCAACCUUCCUUUUCCACGACAAUGUCACGUUCUUCUUCAAAUCCACAAGAAGAAAGCCCACAGAAAGAUGUUCAGGUCAGGAAGAAUGAAGCUCAAAAAGAAGAAAGUACACUACAGGGGGUGGUGAAAAGUGACGGAGAAGACGUUUCACAAACUGAGGGCAAUAACAGUGGUGCAGAAGUGGAAACUUUCCAGCAAGUACAUGAAGAAGAUGAGGAAACCUACAAGGAUCAUGCAAACGAAGACGGUGUACAUGAGGAAAAAAAUGAAGAUGAAGAUAGUGGAAGUGAUGUGGAAAACAAAAAAGUAGAGGAGGAGGAGGGUAAACAAAGCGAGAGUGUUUCUAUAGAGAAUGAGGAAGAACAAGAUAAUAAAACUGCAGAGGAAGAUGGGGAGGAUACAGGCUGCAGCAUCGAGGAAGAGGAUGAAGGAAGUGAGAAAAGUCAGGUCCAAGAGGAGGAGGAGGAGGAGGAAGAAAGCAGUGAGGAUGCAGAUGGAGAAGGUAGUGACUUUGAGGAAAGUGUGGCAUCAGAGGAGGUGGAGGGAAGUGAAAGUGAAGAGUCCAGGAGCAGCGAGAGCAAGGAGGAAGAGCCCAGAGGUGACACUUCCGAGUCUGCCUCGGAAGAAGAAGACAAUGAGGUUGACGAAGACGAAGAGGAAGAGGAAGAAAGUGAGGAACAAAAAGAUUCCAACGAAAGUGAGGAUGAUGAGAAAGACUCUGAAGAAGGUCAGGAAACAGGUAAGAGUGAAGAAGAGGAGAGUGAAAAGCAGGAUGAUGCCAGUGGUGAGGAGGAAGAGGAAAAUGAGGAAGAGCAAGAUGAAAAGAGUGAUGGAAAGGAUGAGGUUACAGAGGAGAAGGAAGAUGACGACAGCGAGGAAGAGGAGGAAAAGGGUAGUGACUCUGAGGGAAGUGAGGAAGUUACAGAACAGGAGGAUGAGGGUAAAGAGGAGGAAGAAGAGAGUAAGGAUGAGGUCACAGAGGAUCAGGAAGAAGAGGGUGAAGAGGAGGAAGAACAAGAGAGUAAAAAUGAGGUCACAGAGGAUCAGGAAGAAGAGGAGGAAAAACAAGAGAGUAAAGAGGAGGUUGCAGAGGAGGAAGAAGAGGGUGAGGAGGCGGAAGAAGAAGAAGAACAGAGUAAGGGGGAGGUUACAGAGGAUCAGGAAGAAGAGGAGGAAGACGAGAGUAAGGAUGAGGUCACAGAUGAUCAGGAAGAAGAGGGUGAGGAGGAGGAAGAAGAAGAGAGUAAGGGGGAGGUUACAGAGGACGAUGAAGAAGAGGAGGAAGAAGAGAGUAAAGAAGAGGGUGAGGAAGAGGAGAAAGAAGAGAGUAAGGAGGAGGUUUCAGGGGAUGAGGAAGAAGAGGGUGAAGAGGAGGAAGAAGACAGUAAAGAGGAGGAAGAAGAGGAGGAAGAAGACAGUAAAGAGGAGGAAGAAGAGGGGGAAGAGGAGGGGGAAGAGGGUGAGGAGGAGGAAGAAAACAGUAAAGAGGAGGAAGAAGAGGGUGAAGAGGAGGGUGAAAAGGAGGAAGAAGACAGCAAAGAGGAGGAAGAAGAUGGUGAAGGGGAGGAAGAAGAGCGCAAAGAGGAGGUUACAGAGGAAGAAGAGGGUGAGGAGGAGGAAGAAGAAAGUAAAGAGGAGGAGGAGGAGGAAGGAGAGAGUAAAGAGGAGGUUACAGAGGAUGAAGAAGAGGGGGAAGAGGAGGAAGAAAACAGUAAAGAGGAGGAAGAAGAGGGUGAAGAGGAGGGUGAAAAGGAGGAAGAAGACAGUAAAGAGGAGGAAGAAGAGAGUGAAGAGGAAGGAGAAGAGAGUAAAGAGGAGGGGGAAGAGGAGGAAGAAGACAGCAAAGAGGAGGAAGAAGAUGGUGAAGGGGAGGAAGAAGAGAGCAAAGAGGAGGUUACAGAGGAAGAAGAGGGUGAGGAGGAGGAAGAAGAAAGUAAGGAGGAUGAGGAAGAGGAUGAGGAAGAGGAGGGUGAAGAGGAGGAAGAAGAGAGUAAAGAGGAGGAGGAGGAGGAAGAAGAGAGUAAAGAGGAGGUUACAGAGGAUGAAGAAGAGGUGGAGGAGGAGGAAGAGGAGGAGGAGGAGGAGGAAGAAGAAAGUAAGGAGGAGGUUUCAGAGGAAAAGGAAGAAGAGAGUGAUGAGGAAGAAGAAGAGAGUAAGGAGGAGGAUACAGAGGAGAAGGAAGAUGACGACAGCGAGGAAGAGGAGGAAGGGGGUGAGGAAGAGGAUGAGAGAGAUAGUGAGGGAAAUGAGGAUGAGGAGAGUGAGGAAGAAGCUAACGAAGAAAGUGAGGAAGAUGAGGAGAGUAUGGAAAAAGGAAAGGGUUCUAAUGUCAAACAUAGUGAAAAUCCCACUAGCAAGGAGGACGAGGAAGAAAUAGAUGAGGAGGAGGAAGAAGAAGAAGAAGAAGAGGAAGAAGAAGAGGAAGAAGAGGAGGAGAAACAAGUCAAAGCAUCAACAACAAAGAGCAAACAGAAGCUGCCUCCUGACAGGAAAGACAAACAACAGAUAGAAACUCCCAAACCAGCUCCGAGGAGGAGGAAGAUGAGCGCUGCAGGGGAGAAGAAGUGAGAUGACUCAGCAGGUACAGACUGAUGUUCAGCCUCAGCCCUCGACCUGCAGGGAAGUCAUCUCACCGUGUUUAACGAAGAGGACACAGACAUCUUUGUCGUAUUACUGGUAUUGUCAACACAUCCCAUUAAAAGACAAAAACCAGCAAUGCAUCACUUUAUCAUUUACCGACUGUCUGCGAUCAUUUUUCCUUUUUGACAACGAAGAAUAAGUUGAAAUUGUUGCUGGUUCAUAAACGUGUGUGUGUGUGUGUGUG